AUGAGGAUUUCCGCCGCCGUGAAUUGGCGAGUGCGGAUGGCGCUGGGGCAGCGAGCAUCGGCCGUGGAUAUGGUCGAGGAAGAGGCAGAGGACGAGGGGGAGGAAGGUUUGGUGGCAGCAACUUCGGCGGAGGCCGUGGGAGUGGCGGUUACGGCAGCGACGAGAAGAACUACGGACGCGGUCGCGGCCGAUUCGACGGCGAGUGUCACUAUUGCCACAAGAGCGGACACAUGUGGCGCGACUGCUACAAACUCCCUGAUGGUUGGACCCCUGCUCAAGGCCAAGAGGGUAGAGGAGCAGGAGGAGGGAGAGGAAGAGGCCGUGGAGGCCGUGGCGGUCGCGGUGGCGGAGCUGCAAACAUGA